GUAUAGGACAUCACAUCUAAACAAAAGAAAAUGAAAAUUACCACAAGAGGAAAAAACACUCAAAACUCAAAAGUGAAAAUAAAAUAAAAUAAAAUAAAAUAAACCCACUUGGGAGAUCAGAUGAGAAAAAGGCCAGGCUAAACCUGCGAGCUUGUCUGACCUAAAGAGCAGAAGACAAAUUAAGCACAACAAGAAGAAGAAGAAGAAGAGAAGAUGGCUGAAGAGCAAAUAGAUUAUGAAGAUGAGGAAUAUGGAGGGGCUCAGAAGCUGCAAUAUCAAGGAAGUGGAGCCAUACCGGCCCUUGCAGAUGAUGAACUGAUGGGAGAAGAUGAUGACUUCGAUGAUCUCUACAAUGAUGUUAAUGUUGGAGAAGGUUUCCUUCAGUUGCACCGGUCUGAGGCUCCACUCCCACCUGGGGGUGUUGGCAAUGGAGGACUUCAAACUCAGAAAACUGAUGUUCCUGAACAAAGAGUGGAAGCUGCGGGUGCACAAGAGAUGGGCAUUCCUGGGGUUUCAGUUGAAGGAAAGUAUUCUAAUGCUGGUGUGCAUUAUCCUGAGCAGAAGGAGGGGUCAGCUGCAGUAAAGGCACCAGAAAUGGGAUCUUCUAGUUACCCAGACGGGUCUUCGGUCUCACACAGAGGGAGGGUUGUUGAAAUGACUCAUGAUCCCCAAUUCAGAAACAUGGGAUUUCAAGGAUCCACAUCUGUGCCCCCCAAUUCUGGGGUUGAUCCUUCUGAUAUGCCUGGAAAAAUUCCUAAUGAGCCCAUGCCUGUGCUGAAUUCUGCCACUGGUGGUCCUCGAGGCGCUCAACAGAUGCCUUCUAAUCAAAUCAAUGUGAAUACAAAUGUCAAUCAUCCAAUAAUUAAUGAAAGUCAGAUCCGGCCACCUGUAGAGAAUGGUCAAACCAUGCUGUUUGUGGGAGAACUACAUUGGUGGACAACUGAUGCAGAGCUUGAAGGUAUUUUAUCUCAAUAUGGGAGGGUCAAGGAAAUUAAGUUUUUUGAUGAGAGAGCUAGUGGUAAAUCCAAAGGCUAUUGUCAAGUUGAAUUCUAUGAUUCGGUCGCUGCAGCCUCUUGCAAAGAGGGAAUGAAUGGUCAUGUUUUCAAUGGGCGACCUUGUGUUGUGGCCUUUGCUUCUGCACAAACAUUGAAGCAGAUGGGAGCUUCUUAUAUGAGCAAGAACCAAGCUCAGAAUCAGUCUCAGCCUCAAGGAAGGAGGCCAAUGAAUGAAGGUGGGGGGAGAGGGAACAAUAUGAAUUAUCAAAGUGGAGAUGGAGGAAGAAAUUACGGACGGGGUGGAUGGGGACGGGGCGGGCAGGGUGUACUCAAUCGAGGUCCUGGGGGUGGACCAAUGAGAGGAAGAGGAGGGGCCAUGGGUGCAAAGAACAUGGUUGGGAACAAUGCUGGAGUUGUAAGUGGUGCUGGAGGAGGAGGUUAUGGACAAGGCCUUGCAGGUCCUGCAUUUGGGGGUCCUGCUGGUGGUAUGAUGAACCCACAGGGCAUGAUGGGUACUGGGUUUGAUCCCACAUAUAUGGGUCGAGGAGGUGGUUAUGGAGGUUUUCCAGGUCCUGCUUUUCCUGGAAUGCUUCCUUCAUUUCCAGCUGUUAAUACGAUGGGACUUGCUGGGGUGGCACCUCAUGUCAAUCCAGCCUUCUUUGGUCGGGGAAUGCCAGCUAAUGGAAUGGGAAUGAUGGGUUCUGCUGGAAUGGAUGGUCAUCAUGCAGGAAUGUGGAAUGACACAAGCAUGGGUGGAUGGGGAGGAGAAGAACAUGGUCGAAGGACGAGGGAGUCAAGUUAUGGCGGUGAUGAUGGUGCUUCAGAAUAUGGGUAUGGAGAGGGAAAUCAUGAAAAAGGAGCAAGGUCAAGUGCUGCCUCUAGGGAAAAAGAGCGGGGAUCUGAGCGUGACUGGUCAGGAAACUCUGAGAGGAGGCAUCGUGAUGAGAGGGAACAAGACUGGGACAGGUCUGAAAGAGAACACAGGGAGCCCCGUUACAGGGAAGAAAAGGACAGUUACCGAGACCAUCGUCCAAGAGAACGUGACUUGGGUUAUGAGGAUGAUUGGGAUAGAGGGCAGUCUUCUUCAAGACCUCGGAGCAGGUCCCGAGCAAUGCCUGAAGAAGAUCAUAGGUCUCGAUCCAGGGAUGUGGAUUAUGGAAAGAGAAGACGCUUGCCAUCAGAGUGACACAAGCAUGAUGUUCAUCCUUCUUUGGCAGGUUUUAUGAGACCUCACAAUCUAUGUUCUCACUCUUAGAGUUUCUCUUUUGGAUAUCUAAAGUGCACCUUCAUCAUUCUCUCUGGUUCUCAGUGGCCCCACAUUCAAAGUGUGGCUUAUCUGAGGGAGUAAGUAAGUUCCACUUGUGUUGGUAUGGGGGAAGAACUAAUUUCCAUUGCUUUCGUACUGCAUAAUACUGAACAUCAUUAGCUGCAACGCUUAAUAUUUGUGUGCUGAAAAAUGAUUGAUGACUUUCAGUAGCAUACCAAUGUGGAUAUUUCUGUGGCUUGGACUCCUGGUAUCCUUCACCAGGUAUCCCAUUGGUAGCAUAUUUAUACUGCUAUCUAUCUUCAAGACUGACUUGUGCUAUUGGUACAAUUGGAACCUUCUUGUUUGUUUAUAUGAUUGUGGGAGUUAAUUAUCCAAAUGCUUUCAGAGAAUAUUUUUGUGGCCCAAGUGGAGCCUUUAACCAUUUCCAGAUGCAUGUAUUAGUUGAGUUUUAUACCUCUUAUAUGAUAUCUUUUCAUUUCUAACUUAUUUUGCUGGUUGUAUUUUUAAUUUAGAAGUGUCUAACAUCUAUCUUAUUUGCUGGUCACUGAGUCCUACUCCAUGUACAGUUGGUGGCGAGAGUUUUUGUUUUUGCUUAUUUCUUUAUAGUUCAUGCUGUGUGUUUUCAUGAAGCUGAGUAGUUUUCCUCUGUAUGUCCAUUGUUUCGGUUAAAUGUUUUAGCUAGAUAUCUGGCUUGAUUGUAGCAUCUGAAGUUUUGUUAUUAGUAUAUAUUGGCUUACAACAAGUGGGGAAGGGGGGAUUCAUACCCAGGUUCUCCCCUUGGGGGGAUCGGGUAGAGCCAUUGAGUGAAAAGACUCUUGGGUACAAUUAAGUUCUUGUUGUCAUGCCAACUCAAUCUACCUCUUAUUAUUUUGCUGUGAUUUCCAAUUAAUUGUUUUGUGUGUGUGAAAUAAUUCAUUCAUUUAGAAAUUCAUAUUACGAGUGUGAUAGCUACGUCUCGUAUGUAAAUGGUUGUUUUUCUGACACAUGUAUGAAAAAUUUGUUCAAUUCAAGGAUUGAAGAUGUGGCUAACAUUCUUUUGGUUUGAGUAAGUGUCAGGUUUCCUUUUGGUUUAGGAUGUGGUUGGUGAAAAGGAAGUUGCCAGAAUUGUUUAUGGUAGUGACUCUUGUUAAUGUAGUUGUUAAUAUUCCAAGAAUAAUAAAAAUGGAGUAUAUUGUUCCUUUGGUUUAGAUCAAACCUUUACACUAUGGUUGGAUGGGGAAAAGGGGAGGGCAAAGGCAGGGAGAGAGUGUCUUUCCUUUGUUUAGUUGGGUGGAAAAGGAGUGGAGGGAUUCCCUUUUCCUUUGGGCCAUCAUUUUUUUCCUCCUAAUUGGGGGAAAUGGAGGGAUGAGGAGAGAGAAAGAGUAUUUAAUUUUUUAAUGUCGUGGGACCCUCUAAUAUAAUUUCCUUACCAUCCUAUUUCCUCUAGACAACCAACCACCUAAAGGGAAGACAAUCUUCCCUUCCCUUUCGGUCUCCCCCUCCAUUUUGCUAAACAUAGUGUUAGUGUUGCUUGAAGCCUCAGCUUCCACUGCAUCCCAUAGGCUGAUGUUAGGGUUUAAAGAUUCAAAUCUUCCUUUCCCCUAAUAGUGACAAUAUGUGUUAAAAGAUUCAAGUUUACUUAAAUGUUAUAGUCUUAAAAACUAAGUGUUGUUGACCGUUGUCCUCUUAUUAGAUUUUGAAUGGUAAUGUUCAUAAAGUACCCUUUCCUCCAUCAAAUUACCUAUGGAGUAUUUUUACUCAAUAGUCAGUAUCUUGUGCUAUUGCCUUUCUUAGAGACAUGAUUGUCAGCAGUGUUUCUGCCUUUAAAAAAAGGAAAUUGUAAUGGCAAGAUGUUGGCCAUGUGGCUAGCAGGUGAAGGAUGGUUCUAGUUGUAGUUGCCAACCUAUGGUGUACUGGUAGUUAUGCCUGCACAGGACAACGGUUGUGGAAUUGUUCUUGAUCAAAUAACACUGUCACAUUGAUUUCUGUUUUUGGUGGAUGAGGCCUCGAAGUAUCAUUCUCAAAUAUCAUAUGAAUUUGAAUCUUGAUUCUUGACUGACAGUAAUCCUCUUCUACCUCUUUGUUGUAUAAUGUUACCUUGACUUUAAAAGUUAGGAUGUUAGUGUUAGUGUUACCUAAAGUAAAAGCAAUAAGACACGAGAGAGAAGUGUGGCAAUGAUGACUGUUUCUUAAUUUCUCUCUAGAGAAAGUUUAGUUAUUUUGGUAGUUGAUAUAAUGGAAUCAUUUGUUAAAAUCAUAUUAUAUGAUAGAUAUAUUGAUUGCCAUUUCGUCACAAAUCUCCAGUAGAAUGAGAGGUAAUCACUUGUUCUUAUUAGUAUGCACGUCUUAUAGAUUUGGUCUGCAACUAUAAAUAUAACCAGAAGUCUGGAGGUGAAGGGUUAUUUUUCUUGUGUUGUGUCAAAUAGAGGUAAAGGCCUCAGGGCUUUGUAAUCAAAGAAUGGACUAGGGGAUACUUGAGUUUGUUUGCUUUCAUGUUUUGAUGUAUUUCUGUUUCUUAUAUUUUCCCGUUAAUAUUGAGUGGUAGAGAUAGAUUAUGGGUGGCGUCUUUGGCAGAUUAUUUUAUUUAUCAUCUAUUGACUUGGGGGUUUUCUUUUUAUCAUCAUAUCCAGGGAGUGGAGUAGGCAACUUUUUGUUUUCAUGAUUGAAUCAGCCUGUGUUGGUUACAUGGAGGAAGAUGUGUUAGAUGGGAUGCCUUCAUUGGAUUCCUUUGGUGAUGGCUUGGUCUGCCAAGUAUGCAAAAGUAACCUUGUACCACCUAAAAAUCUGUAAAUUGUGUUCCUGCAAGAAAAUGUCUAGAAAGAGUCAAAAGAUCACAAAUAUUUCAAUAAAUAAAUCUUGGUGUUUAGUUUGUGAAUAUGAUUGCCGUAUCUGUCAGUCUCCAUGUAAAGCACCACUGUCAUGUGUAAAUUGUUUUAUGUAUUAGGUCUGCAACAUGUAACGGCCUCUUGUUGUUUGACUGUAUUGGUUUUAGCUGUGAGCUUGUAAAAGUUUUAUGAGACCCAUACCUGUGCAUCAUUGAUGUGUUGUAACUCAUAAUGUUGUUCUAGGAGAGUCAAGUCAACUAUUGGUACAUUGUAACCAGAGGGUCCCUGUUCAAUUGUAAUUGGUUAUUGUAAAAAUUGUACAACUCUCUCUCUGUUCGAGCAAGUUCCCAGAAAGAAGAAAGGAUUUCAGAGUUAUUAUUAUUUAAGCACAUAAUGUAAAUUAGGUUCAGGAUUUAGGAGUCAUGUAUUGAUGCUACAGUAUGAUAGACUUGGAACCCAGAAGAAUUUUGCUCACUUGGGGUCGUUUCUCUCUUGAUGGAAGCCUGAUCUACUCCUUAUGUACUUUUUAUUUUAAACUUAUUAGUAUGUUAUUUUUCUGGGAAGCAGUUUCUUUUGUACUAAUGGGUCUAGAAUGUGUAAAUCAUAUUGUCCUGUUUGUUUUUUGGAAUUUGGAAUGUAUAGAUUCCCAACAAUGUAAAUGAGAUUGUGUUAAAAGUUAUUUGUUGAG